AAAAAUUACGCCGGCCAGAUGUUUGAACUUGCAAACAUAGAUACUUAGGACCUGAUUGGAUCAGCGUUUUCGUUUGAAAUACCUCCGUAAAAGAUACAUGCCUCAGUUGGCCGUUUCAUUUCCAGUCCGAAAUUGCUCAUUGGUCGGUAAGUUACACUCUUCCAAAGCUGCCAAUAAUAAGGUAUGCACUCAGGUCAAAGCUUCGCUGUGGAAAACUUGUGCUCCGGGUGCCGGCCGUACUAACAAACAAAUCACCCACGGCUCGGCAAACAAAACUAGCUUUCCCCGAGCAUUCAUGCCCACGUCAACAUCAAGCUUGGCUGGAAAUGAUCUGCCGAUCAACACAGCAGCUCAGACCUUCAGCUACGUUGACCAGCAUCUUGCAUCUGUUUCAGCUUCCGCGAUGGCCGUCGUCUCCAUGGACCCCGGAGCCGGCGGUUCCAGCGAGGAGGAGCGUCGGUACGGUGCGAAGAUAACCGCGGUGGUGGUGCUUUCCUGCGCCACAGCGGCCAUGGCCGGCGCCAUCUUCGGCUAUGACCUCGGAGCCUCAGGCCGCGUGUCGUCGAUGAUGCCGUUCCUGAGGGAAUUCUUCCCGGACGUGUACCGGCGGAUGAACAGCGGCGCCGUCAGCAACUACUGCAAGUUCGACAGCCAGCUCCUCACGCUUUUCACCUCCUCGCUCUACAUCUCCGGGCUGCUCACCGCGAUGCUCCUGGCGUCCUGGCCGUCCGCCGUCCAUGAUCAUCGGAGCAGUUGCAUGCCUGGCCGGCGCCGCCGUCAGCAGCGGGGCCGUCAACGUGUACGUGACCAUCCUCGGAAGGGCGCUGCUCGGCGUCGGGCUCGGAUUUGCCAACCAGGUGAGCUCACCUGCAGUCACCAAGACCCUUGAGAACACCAUGAAAAAUCAAAUGAUUUUGCAAGUGCAAAUUAAGUGCCAGCUACUGUAUCGAUCUGUCAGAGAUGCUGCUACGCAUGAAAGCAACAUAAUAUGCAAACAUAAACUUGCAGGCAGUCCUACUGUACCUGUCUGAGAUGGCCCCUGCUGGGGAAUCCAGAUGCUCGUCUCUGAGGCGCUGAUCGGAAGCCUCAGCGGUUCAAAAUGUUUAUUACCGAAACUUCUAUUUCUGAAUGGAAAAACUGUAACCAACUGAAUGCAGGCGCCACUAUGUUUGUUUUAGGAGAUUACUAGGUUUUUCUACUCAUAUGGUUCGGCACUAAAAAGAACAAACUUUAGGAA